GAAGAAAAAGACCGGAUGCCCGACAUUUCUUCCUUACGUCAUCACUCUGCGUCUGUAAGCAUGUAAACGAAGCCACGCAGGGUGCAGCAAACAUUAGACUUCUCUAGAUUAGAAUCAAACAAAUGGCAUCGACAGAUCGGAAAAUGGAGAAAAACAAAGCAGUAAGGAGAGAUGGAAACUGGAGGAAGUCAAAAAAUGAAACUCAGGGUGUGAAGAAGAGGAAAUGGGUCUCUGAGCACAAACUGUAUGAAGGCAGCGUUAAGGAAGGUCAAGGGUUUGCCUUCAAGAGGAAGGAAAAAGUCAAACAUGAGUACAACAAGCUGCUACGGAAGGAAAGGAAGAGGAACCCUGGGUCCAAAUCCAUGUACGAGGAGCAGUACCCAGAAAACCUCAGGCACCUGUACUUAGCCGAGGCAGAGAAACUAAAAAGUGAGGCCUGGACGCAUAGACUGAACCGGAGUAAGCUGAGGAUGAAAGUCCAGGAGGAGAGGAAAGAAGAGAGAGGCAAAGAUGAAGAUGCUGCUGCACGUCAGAGUGAACCUGUUGAUGCAGAUCCAGACGUGACUGGCGGAUCUGAGCAGACACAUUCAAUCACUGGGGACCAUAAAGUGCCAGGAGCUCCAGAGGAAGAAAGUCUUCCAAUCAGUAACCGCAUGAAGAAAAAAAUGCUGAAGAAGACAUCCUACCAGAAGACAAAAGAAGAUUUUGAGGCGAUAAAAGAAAAACGGAGACAUAAGAAAGAGGAGUACCUGAAGAACAAGCAGCAGAGGGAAGAAGCCACCAAGAUGUACAAACAGAAAAAGAUGGAGACUUAUCAGAUGCUGAGCAAAAGGACUAAAAAAGGACAGCCCAACCUGAACCUCCAGAUGGAGCAUUUACUUCAAAAGAUCCAAGGAAGCGGGAAAUGAAACACACACAGUCAGAGCUGAGACUGAACAUUCAAACAGAAAGGAGUGAACCUUGUUUUUUUAUUUGAAUAAGGUGCUUAAGGACAUUUUUAUCAAAAAUGUUUAGGAUUGUUCUUUUAACAAAAACAAGCUUCUGACAGCUGUGCUAAGAAGUGAUAGACAUGUUUAUAUUUGUACAGAAUGUUUGGCUGCAAUUUUGCCCCUGACCAGCAGAGGGCACUGUAGGAUACAAAGAUCUCAUGCAAGAUGUUUUUCAUCAAUAAAAAUUAAAGUUUCCUGUAAA